AACACAUGUAUAGCAGACGAUGUUUCAGAAUGUUUUGAUAAUUUAACCUACAUGUACAAUGUCAGUGUACUUAAAACACAUUUAAAAAUAUAAUCUUCACAAACUUUUACUUUUAUACGAUGCCAUUGUUAUUUUACUAAACUCCUACACACAGAAAAAGCUAUUCCAUUAGUUUUAUUGUUCAAUAUUUAAAAUGAUGUGUACACAGUUUUUUAGACAGUUGAAAACAUUACUUCUGAUAGAAAUAAAUGUAAAACCUCAUCAGUGCUAUAAAUUCUUGGCAAUGCCAGCUAAAGCCAACAGUUUUGGAUUGACCAAUAGUGUAAGAAACAUGAGCCUAAAUAAUCAUCCAGUACCAUCAGUAAAUGGUGAAAGCACUAAGACAGAAAACAACAUUGUCUGGGUUGAUAUGGAGAUGACAGGUCUAGACCCGGAGAAACAUCAUGUGUUGGAGGUAGCCUGUCUUGUGACAGACCAAGACCUGAAUAUUGUGGCUGAGGGACCCAACCUGAUCAUCCACCAGCCUCCUGAUAUACUGGCCAAUAUGAAUGAAUGGAGUCUUAAAUUUCAUAAAGAGUCUGGAUUAACAGAUUUAAGCAGAAACAGUAACAUAACAUUGAAAGAGGCAGAGGAUGCACUUCUGGAAUUUGUUAGGACAUGGACACCCUACCAAUUGUGUCCUCUAGGUGGUAAUACAGUAUAUAUGGACAGACUGUUUCUUAGAAAAUAUAUGCCCGAUUUUGAACAACAUAUGCAUUACCGCCUCAUCGAUGUUAGUACCGUUAAGGAACUUUGCAGGCGCUGGUAUCCUGAAACCUAUAAUGAACAACCAAACAAGAAAUCGAUUUCAAAACAUCGAGCUCUAGAUGAUAUAAGAAAUAGUAUAAAAGAACUUAAGUUUUACAGAAAUAAAAUAUUUUGUAACUCUGAGUCUAAAAAGGACUUAGCAUGAAAUUACAUUAGUAAGCUUUGAAAAAUUAAAAAUGUCUCUAGAAUGGUAUUGUUGUAUUUACGUUCAUAAUAAUAAUGUACAAUUUGAAACUGAAUUAUCAAACAAGUUAGAUGGUAUGACACACACUCCAUACUGACAGAGAAUAAACCAAUGAUAAUAGUGUAAGGUAUGCAACUUGCUUUGUUAUAUUCUAUUGGGAUGUUAUAAGUUUGUUUGUUCCUUCUAGUUGUAGGUCAUGUGUUCGGACAAGCCACCUCCAUUAGUACUGUUUUACUAUAUUAAUAAUUAAGAUAGAUAUAAUUUGUCGUGAUAUACUCUUUGUAUAAACAAUCCUAUAUAGCUGACAGUUAUUAUUAUAUUGGAAUCGGAAUUUGAGAAACAACAUAAGUACUUAAUUCUCUAAGCUAGAAAUGAUGAUGCUUUUGUUUUGAAUUGAUCUAUAUGUUCUCAUCAUAAAAUGUUAUAACACAUAAAAUUACAACUUACAUUUGAGACUAACUGUUUGUAACCUGAACAGUAGCAAUAUUAAGUUGAAUUUUAGUGGGUUUUCUAUGCAACCAUGGUGAGUGCCGCACCACAGCUGGUAUGACAUGCUAGUCUCCUGGUAGAGAAUUGAAACUUGCUACACAAAUUCGAAUUGUACGUUAUUAAAUAAAACUAAUAAUAAUUUAUUCUAUAAUUGAAUAUUGAAAGAAUUACUAAAUGACAUAUGUUAUUCCUCUAAUCACCGAUUCACGGAUAUUCCAAGUACUUAUAAUUAAUAUUUUAAGGCUGGUUUUUACAGUAUUAUAGUUGAUUCCUUGUAAUGUACAGUUACCAAGGAGUGUAAGGUUAGGUAGUAGUUUAAAUAUUUCUAUAGUCAUUGCAUCAGUUAAAAUUUAACCUUCUUUGAAUAUUUCAGGAACUAGCUAAUGUUAAUUUGGAAGGAGGGGAAAAGGAGGUCUCACAUCUUGCCAGUUACUUAUAAGUGUCAUUAAUAUUUUUCUUAUAUGUUGAUUUAUUUAUAUUCAUAUGUUCAACUGUAAAAUUAUGAUCGGUCUAAAUUACAUAUAACAUUUGUGGA